AUGGAUCCACGAACCAUCGGUGUUUUAGGUGGAGGCCAAUUGGGUCGAAUGCUUGUAGAAGCGGCAUCCCGCUUAAACAUCGACGUAGUAAUUCUGGACAAACCCUCGGACGCACCCGCGAAGCAAAUCCAAGCAACAAAAUCUCAUAUCGACGGUGAUUUUAAGGAUCCAGACAGAAUUCGUGAACUCGCUCAAAAAUCCGAUAUUCUAACGAUAGAAAUUGAACAUGUCAAUGCUGAUAUCCUGGAAAUUUUGUCAAGAGAAAAUGUUGUUAUCCAUCCUUCCCCUCUUACAAUUCGUCUCAUUCAAGACAAAUACGUUCAAAAAACGCAUUUAUCAAAAAACCAUAUUCCCGUUGUGGACUUUCUCGAGGUUCUCUCAAGACAAGAAUUGAUGGACGCCGCUUCAAAGUUUGGCUAUCCUUUUAUGCUUAAAUCGAAGACACUUGCAUAUGAUGGUCGUGGUAAUUACGUGGUACGCUCCGCGGAUGAUAUAGAGGAAGCCUUGAAAUCUUUGGGAAACUAUGAAAAACCAUUGUAUGCCGAAAGAUGGGCACCUUUUGUAAAGGAAUUGGCCGUUAUGGUCGUGAGGAGGGCAAAUGGCGAAGUGAAAAGUUAUCCGGUGGUGGAAACAGUGCAUCGAGAAAACAUUUGUCAUUUAGUGAUUGCACCUGCUCAAAUUAAUGGGUUGGUUUUGGCAAGUGCAAAAGAUAUGGCGGAAAGGGCCAUCCGGACCCUUGAAGGUGCAGGUGUAUUUGGUGUAGAGAUGUUCUUGAUGAGUGAUGGAAGCAUAUAUGUUAAUGAGAUCGCACCACGACCGCAUAAUUCUGGACAUUAUACAAUCGAGGCGUGUGAGACUUCACAAUAUGAGAAUCACCUUCGUAGCAUUCUAGAUAUCCCUCUGGGCAGUACCGAACUCAAGGUUUCGGCCGCAGCAAUGAUAAAUAUUCUAGGAAAGUCAGGAGACUUUGAAGAAUGCCUGCGCCCGUGCACAAAAGCACUUGCCACUCCAGGAGCCACGAUCCACCUAUAUGGAAAAAAGGAAUGUAGAAAGGGACGUAAAAUGGGUCACAUCACUACUGUUGCAGAUUCAAUUUACCAAUUGUUUGAGAGAAUUGGACCCAUCAUAAAAGUGAUAGACGAGGACGAUUCAUCAAUUCCACGUACAACAAUUCAACCACUCGUUGGAAUAAUAAUGGGAUCAGAUUCGGAUUUACCUACAAUGAAGACGUGUGCGGAAAUGCUUGAAUCUUUUGACGUUCCAUUUGAGUUAUCAAUUGUGUCGGCGCACAGGACCCCUCUCAGAAUGGUAGAAUACGCGAAAAAUGCUCACAAAAGGGGGAUAAAGGUGAUAGUGGCUGGUGCAGGAGGAGCUGCCCACUUACCUGGCAUGGUGGCCGCGUUGACGCCCCUACCUGUAAUCGGGGUACCGGUGAAAGGUAAAACUUUAGACGGCGUGGAUUCUCUGUACAGUAUUGUUCAAAUGCCGCGCGGGGUGCCAGUCGCGACGGUGGCAAUAAAUAAUUCCAUGAAUGCGGGAUUAUUAGCGGUACGCCAACUGGGUGCAUUUAUUCCGAGUUAUUUAGAAAAAAUGGAACAGUUCAUGGAAGAACAAGAGAAUGAAGUUUUGGCAAAGGUGGGUAGGCUAGAAGAAGUUGAACGCGUGUUCACGAUUUGCGGAAUAGGCACAGAUGUAUUAGAUUUGAAAAAUGGAUUCAACAUCACCGCUUCAUCCAAGUUUAUUUCAUCUUAG